UAUGUAUGUCUCGUCUUUCAGUUGACUUUCAUCGUCGUUUUGUAGCGAACGUUUCGCACGAGCAUCGAUAGAGAAUUACAUUACUUUAUUAGCUGCGUAAUAAAGUCGGUGCAUGUUCUGAUUAUUCAAUUCUGUAAAACUACAAAUUGUGACGCCUAUACAUCUCGGUACUCAUUGAAUUGUUAAAAGACAUUGAAAAAAUCUGCUUGGAAAAUAGCGUCGCAGCGAGCGUGGCGCAAUGCAGUGUGUGUUUGGAUGCAGAUAUAUAUUGUGUUCAAAGUUUUUUCAUGUAUAUUUUAGUUUUGAUACUGGUGCUAGUGUAAGAAUUUGGUGUAAUCUGUAACAAUGUUGCCCAUGGUGCAAACGGAACCUGUGCUCUUUAAUUGCGCGGCUCAUUCGGCCGAUGGGGCCUCGCCGACAGCCACAUUACCUCCCUCGCUGACACCGGAUUCGGAGGUUGACGGACUGGCGGAAUUCUUUUACGAUAUUGAUGUGGCGGUCAAUACAUUUUCAAGAAAUGAAUCCUGUGACCUCCAACUGGGAGACACAUGGAGGGGGAUGCAUGGCAAGAUGAGCGUGACCGCGCCGGGUAAGAAGAUAAGAAAAAAGUCAUCAGACAAUAAAUCUCAACAAAACAAGUGCGACAACGAAAAGCGACGCCGAGAGCACGAAAACGAAGUGAUAAACCAACUAGAGGAGCUUCUCGGGACUUGUUUAGCUGAGGUGAAGCAGCCCGACAAGAACGGCAUCGUCCGCGAGGCCACCCGCCUGAUCGAGGGCGUCCUGCAGCAGCGGAGGGACUGCCCAGACGACUGUCCUCUGCGAGUGAUCGAAUGCCUCUCGCCAGUACAAGCGGGCGAAGUAAGCUCCAGCGAGCCACAGCUGCCAACAUCUGUUUUCCAGUAUUCCGAACUCAGCACUCUCAUUGAGGCAAUCAAGCACUACACCGACGUCCUGGGUUUAAUAUUAAUGGAAAUUAACUCGAAAGGCGAAAUAGAGUGUGUGUCUGAAAAUAUAAAAGAUCUCGUCCUCGCGGAGAGAACAGAGUUGUAUAAGAAAUCAAUAUUCUCGCUCCUGCAUGCCGAUGAUCAUGCGAAAAUAAAACCUUUGUUGAGGAAUAUACAAAACUUCGCCUGGAGCUCGGGAGAGUCGGAUAAGUUUCAGUACCUUCAAGCGCGUCUACUUAUAAAGGACUCAAAUGUGACUGAUGGUCCAAGGUUUGUGGACACAGUGAUCCACGCUGCGCCAGUACGCGGCUCGUCCACGGAGGAGGCCGGCUCCGUCAUGUGCGUCAUUCGGCGCUGUGAGUCGGCCGCUAUCUCCAACGACGGCGGACCCACCAUCGUUUUCCGAUUGGACUGCAACUUUAACAUCUUAUCUUGUGACUUGUCGGGAGUGGAAAACUGUAUAAACUCUUCCUCUUCGUCUCUUGUGGGUACUCAUUACUUAGAUCUCGUCGAAAGUGGUGAUCGUGCGCGCGUAUCGUCGCAUCUGCAGGAAGUGGUCAGUCGGGUCGGACUACUAGUUGUGAGCGAUCCAUACCGAUUACGAAUCGCGAACGACGCUCAGCGUAUUCGAGUCACCGCCCAGUCGCGGUUUUUCCCGACGGUCGGCGAGCCGGACUUUAUCAUGUCCACGAACACCGUGCUCGGCGACGAAGACGUCGAUCUGCUGGAGGCUGGAGUCUCCCGGCCCUCGCUCGGAGGCCCGCUAAUGACGUCUGUCGCCAACGGCGAGUCCUCCGCCUCCGAGCCGCGCUACCGCUCUCCGGUAGACAGCCCCGUAGCCGACCCGCAGUUCUCUAUGAACGUGUUCGACCUCGAUGAGCCUUGGCCCUCGUCCUUCCCGAUCGGCGAGCUGCCCGGCGAGGAGACGAAAGAUCGCAAGGACAGCGGCACCGAGGAGACCGCGUCGCUGGCGUCGCCCGCGGACACGCAGCCGCCCACGCCCGUGCACGAGGAGCCCAACCGCCUGCGCACGCUGCUCAGCAAGAAGACCGGGUCCAACGCCGCGGAAACGAAUUCCAAUAAUCGCAUCUUAAAAGACCUGCUGAAGCAGGAAGAUGAGGAAGCGACGGGUAGCGAGACGUCGGCGCCGCACACGCCGCACACUCCGCACACGCCUCACACGCCUCACACGCCGCAUACACCUCUCACACCCGGCUCGGCGCUAUCCCCUCUGUACUCUGCGCAGGCGCACACGCGCCCCGGGCCGCACCAUAACAACCAAUUGCUCAGGAUACUAAACGAUAAAUCUGAUGAGGAUGGGGAGGAGAGCAGAAGAAACUCUACGGAUAGCGGACGUGGGACGUCGCAGACUAGCGUGCUGUCACAGUUACUCUCGAAUACCAACGGGCCGGCCAGCAACGGCCGGUCGCAGGAGGGUGGCGAUAUGUACAUGGACAGAAUUGCUGGCAUGAAACGAAAAUUUGAAGAUUCCAAAGCUUCACCAAAUAACACGAAGAGGGCUACACCUGAAAAUCAACAGGUGUCAUCGAGUGCCGCGGGCGCCAGCACGGCCACGUCCACGGUAGCGUGCAGCGGCAUGAGCGUGGCUACCAGCAGCAGCGGCAUGAGCCAGCUGUGCCAGAAGAACCAGAUCCUCGUGUCGCUGCUGGCGCGCCAGCAGACCACGCCGCCCACGCCACUACCGCUGCCCAACCCGCUGCUGCGCUACCCGGCGCGCGCGCGCCCGCCGCCGCCGCAGCACCCGCACGCGCACCACCCGCUGCAGCUGCGCUCCUUCCACCACGCGCUCUCCAGCAUCAAGCCCCACCUCAACGCCAAUAAUCGAGUAAGCAAUGUCAACGGCGGUGCUGGGCCUGUUUCUUCGGCGUCUAGCGUGGAGUGUACGGGCAUGCAAGGAGUGCAAACCUCACAGGCGGGGCUCGGAGCGCAAAGCCAUCUGCAGAUGGUGCUGCAAGGCGGCUCGCGCGCCACCUACAACCCGGCCGCCGCGCCGCCGCACUACGCCACGGCCACAACACACCAUUCCUACAACAAUCAGACUUCGAGCGGCAACUCGAGGUCGCAGGCGGGGGCGGGGGACAGCGAGGUGCCCAGUGAUCAGGCCUUGUCAGACAUUUUGGACGAAGUGAUCGAGAGCAUGCCCUACAGCGACCGGCCCGCGCCCGAAGUCAGCGGCCUCAUGGACCUGGAGAGCAAUCUACAGUUGCGUUCUGACUAUGCUGGCGCAAAAGAAAAGAAUGAUGUCAUAAAUGCGAUAACGCAAAAUCUAAUGCAGUUUGAAACUGCAACCAAGAGUCCAGUGGCAUCGAGUCCGGGCGCGCCACCUGUAUAUCCCGUUCAAAGUCCAGGGACGAGUACAAUGAGUGGCGGCGGCGUGGGCGCGGCACUGUACGGCAUGGUGGCGCGCAGUGAGCAGGACCCGGUGCGCGCGCGCGCCAUUGCCGAGCAGCGCGCGCGCCUGCUGCAGAUGCAGCGCUCGCAGCAGCUGCUCGUCUCCCCUGAGGCAGCCGAGCAACCGCAAGCGGAUCUCGGUUCGACGAUCAACGCUUUGGUUUCCGCGACUCCGCCUAACGUUGCCCUCACGCGGACAGACUUCCAUCAUCUAUAUCACCCAACGAAUCAAAUGGGUUCAAAUUAUGGUACAAAUAAAAUUCAAGCACCUCAACAUAAUCCGAUGCUCAGUCGGCAACUUUGUGGUGGAGGCGCAGGCGCGGGCACGUACGCGGCGGCGCUGCACACGCCCGUGGCGCCACAGCCCUACCUGCGCGCGCCGCGCCCGCUGCACGUGGGCGGCUACUAUGAGGAGGGAGAGGCGGGCGCGGGCGCCUACUGCGGCGAGUUCGCGCGCCGCGUGCCGCACUCCGCGCACGCGCCGCACCCGCCGCACCCGCCGCACCCACCGCAUCCGCCGCACCCGCCGCACACCCCGCAUCCCUCGCAUACCUCGCAUCCCUCGCCGCACGACCAUCAGCUCUCAUGCGGUGUGGGCGGCGUGAGCGGCGUGGGCGGCGUGAGUGGCGUGGGCGGAGCGGGCGGCGGCGCGGCGGGCGGCUCGUCGGAGUACGUGCGCAACGAGCUGCGCGCCGUGGUGGGCGCGCGCUCCGCCAUGCACACCCUGCACCCGCCCGAGCUCGACCCCCUGCUCAACUUCGACAUGUCUGCACCCGGUGGCGGCGCGGUGGUGGGGGGCGGCGCGGCGGCCGCGCGCUCGUGGGACGCGCUCCAGAGCUCGCCGAGUACUACGGAGGCGGGCUCGGCGGCGGGCGGUGAUGCGGCGGGCGCGGGGGGUGCGGGCGAGGCGCGCGCGGGGGGCGCUAAGGCCUCGCUGCUGCAGAAGCUGCUGUCGCAGUGAGCGGGCCGCGCUGCAUUUACCGCGCCCGCCGCCGCCCGGCUGCGAGCGAGCGAGCGCCUCCUCUGCGGCUGUAAACUCACGCUCCGUGAGGACGAGUACACGUAUUUAUAGAGCGUCUCUAUGUGGAUAGUAGUACGUUAGUCUAGUAGUGCUAGUGAUAUUUUCGAGUAAUGGAGAUCGACGAUCGAUCGUAUGUUUCCUUUGGGUUCUUUGAGAACUCCGUUUAGCGUACGAGUCGUAGAUAUAUGUAUCUAUGUAUAGUUUUAAUAAGGUCCGACGUGGAGUACGACGGUAGCUUCCCGUGAGGGAAUAAAAAAAUAUGUGAUCCGCUAUAUGAUUGGCGCAUACGCGUAGUUUACAUACGUUAUAUACGAUAGAGACAUACCGCGUGCAAUAUUGUAUAGAAAUAAACACUUUUUUGGCGUUGUGAACGUUCUGUAUUAUAGUGUGAAAGUCAGAUGUUACCUGUUAUGACAAAGUUAAGUUGUACUGUAGUAUUCGAUGGGGCGUAUGUAUGGUUUUAAUCCGACCCUAUACUUAUCGACAUAAAAAAGGUUUUAUUUUUAUAAGAGAUAAGCGUUGAUCACUCUUGUCUAUAUCCUAUUAAAUUCAUUUGCGAAAAUUAUAUUCAAAAGUGAUUAAGUUCUCCAAAAAUAGUUUUCUGAGCCACUUCGAGGAGUAUAGAGUCGGAAUAACUGCCGAAAUUAAUAAUAAUCAAUCCUAUCUGCAAUCUGCCGAUAGGUCACUUAGUAACCUUGUUAUUUGUCAAAAGUUGUAUUUAACAAAGUCGUUGUAACUUAUCGACAGAUUACAAUAGAUUGACCAUAUCAUUAUUAAUUUCGGCCGUAAAUAAAUAUAAUGUAAAUAACGUGUUGUUAAAUUAUAGCAAUUGCUUUUGUGUAAAUAUUUUGUUAAAUCUACCGUAAUAUUAUGGUAUAUUAAUUUUGCUUGUAAUAUUAAACACCACUUAUUGAUUUUAUUAAAGUUUUUUUAACUUCGAUUUUACAAGAUGUUUUUAUCUUUAUUUUAUUCCGCUGUAUGCCUGUAUUUAUUUUACUUGGGUUGACUAUUCAAUUUUUUUAUGAUUUGAAACGGUACAAGAAAAAAAAACGAAAUGUCUAUUGUUCACCUACUCUGACAUCAGUAUGAUAAAGUUUUUCCACAAGGUUUCAUUUUCAUUUUUAAAACAAUCUUUAUCUUUUCGUCUUUUUAUUUCGAAAUGAACAUUUAAUGAUUUUUUUUUGUUGAAACCUACUUGAAAUACUCAAUCCAAUAUCAAUCCGAACCAAACUGAGUCAAAAAUUUUGAAGUCGUGGCCAAAAAUAAUUAAGUUUAUGAAACAAAAAAAUCUGAGUACAUUGAAUCAUCAGUUAUUAACCACAAUAUUAACAACCAUAAAAACUAGAACUGACUGAAAUACCUUCAAAUACUUUCAAGGCAAUAGUGAAUAUGCAUCUUUUAUGUAAGCGCGUUCCAAUGUAGACCUUAUCAUUGCCAUCCAUAAGGCAUCGUUAAGCGCGAGCCUAUCCUGCAAUAAAAAAAAACCUUAUCGGAAAAUGUAAGUUUUCACUGAAAAGUUAUUGAAAAAAAUCUGCAUAAUUUACCAUAAAUAUUAAUUCUUUUUGUAAGUUUUAGUGUCAGAGGUAAAUAAAUUGAGAUAUAAUCUAUAUAUACCUACAGAUACUUAUUCUCAAUAUUGUGUGUAUUUAUCUCAAUAAACAGCAAUUGAAAAAAAUACCUGCUGAUUAAUUGAAGAGCAUAAUUCAAAGUAGGUAUUUGAUAUAUUUUUUUUUGCAAAUUUUGAGUUAUUUGAGUAGUACAGUAGUGUUGAAUAACGCGUAUUUUCAAAAGGAAAAGAGUAGGGGUCCACUACCCUUAUCUUCGAGUGAUUUGAAUUUUAUAUAAUAUUUUUGGUUAGCGACUACAAAAUCGUUCACAAGUUUCGUUCUACUUCGUUAUUUCAUUAUUGUCAUUGUGAUAUUAUGUAAACAUUAUUAAUAUUUUUAUUUAAAUUAUAUUGUGUACUAUAUUUCGUCUAUAAAGUAAUAACUAGUGCGGGCUUUACGAGGUGAGAAAGCCCGUAGGCGGUGAUUGUAUGAUGCAUUGUUUAUAGAUAUUGCAUAUUAUUAUGUAUGCUCAAUUGAUGUGAAUAAACAAACGAACGAAAUGUUGCACUUAAAUAUAAUAUAUGACUUCGUAAAAAAUUUAAAGUACAUGAUUUGUUAAUGUUAAAAUAUUGCAACGAUUGGUAUUGAUAGGUUUGAUUGCGUUAAUGAAUUUAAAUGAACAUGAUGGAAUGAGAGUAUGUUAGAAAUACGUUACGACGACGCGACGUUUAAAAAGGAGCGUGGGUGCGGCGAAUGGCCGAAGAUAAUAAUAAUAAUUAAGUGUCCGAGGAAAUGCAGAUAUUUAAUAUUGUGCGUUGCUUACUGAAACGUUGGUUCUAUAACUACAUUCAUUAACCUUAUUUCUGCUACUCCCCCAUUGAACUAACGCUGGAAGAACCAUACAAAAUGACAAUUAUUUUUUGAGUCGAUUUGUAGCGCCCCAACGAGCGUACCGGUAUAUGGUAUCAUUAUUUUAUGAUUUAACAUUAAGUAAUGUCAAAAGGUGUUAUUUAAUCAAAAAUUCGGAUUUAACUAGCUAUUAUAGUAGUGGCAGAAAAUAUCCCACAAAAAUAACUUUUUUCUAGUUAUUCAGUUUGGUUUACGGUACGGCGGUUUUUUAAAAACGACUACGGAACCCUACCUUAGUUAGGUAUGCGUAUUUUGACACUGGCCAACUAUUGAUUAUUUUGCGUAAAACACAUAUAAAUACAUAAAAUCGUACAUAUAAAACAUAGAAAUAAAUGCCACCAUACCUAUGAAUCAAUAUCCUCAAAAUGUAAAAAAGAUAUUUAUUUAACAACCUAUCUGAUUACAACGUUCCAAUCAACGCGCAGUAUGAAUGAGUUAGAAUAAUGUAAUAAAAAUUCAAAUUACGCAUUAACAUAAGUAUGUGGUCUCGAGUCAGCGUUUUUGUGAAAAUAUUAAUAACCUCAAUGUUAUACGUCGUUUACUCGUACUUUAUAUAACUUUGUGCACCAAAUUAUUGGUAAAAAUUGAAGUCAUCGACUUUUAACUGGAAAAAUCACCGUUUACGAAGAAUAACUAAUUAAGACAGUAAAUUAAAUUACGAAAGCUUCGACAUAACUUAAGAACCUCUUUCACAAGGUCAAAAUAAGUUUUACCCGUCAGAUAAAACGUUCAGUAGUGUGUAAUCUGUAAUCUAAUUAAAAGAGUUCCGUUUUAUACUUCAAUAUCAAUUAAUGGCUAAAAUUCAUUGUGACUCUGUGCAAGAGGCCUUAAAUCGCACAAUAUGAUAUUUAAAUUCUAUGUGUACCUACAAUUAAUAGUUAUAAGUUAUAACUUAUGAUUGUAUAAGUGAGAACGUAUGAUCUGGAAUGUGUUUGUAGUACCUAUACUAGUGAUAGCUCAUCGUAUAGAAUACACUGUUGCGUUCGGGACCACAAUGCAUUGAACUUUACAGACACCCUGUUGAAUAUUUAUAAUGUAUUUAAACAGUUGCUUAGUCUAAAAAAUUGGAGUGCUAAAAAUUUAAUUCACUUAGAUUGUGAUGGAAAAACAGCUGUUAAAAUUUUGUAUAACCGAUGUCUUGGGCUAUGGCGCUCUAUAUCUAAAUUUUUAUAUGAAAAUGAUACGAUAAACAAGUAUGUCAGCGACAAAAUUUAUGUUGUUGUAUUCAUCACCUGUAAACCAUUAUUUCAGCAACUCUCAGACCAGUUAAUUAUUAUUCUCCAUUCGUUAAUUGACUUGUGCAUACAAGUUGAUUGAUUAAGGGCAAUUACUUAAGUUUGGUGUUUAGUACUUAACUAUCAUUGAUUGUUUCCUUUAUGCUUGACGCGUCAAAGCAUCUUGGUUCUCUAAUGUCAGCUACUUCUCUUGCUUUGAUUGAAUAUAUUUAUUAUAAAUAAUAAUAAUAAUUCGUCUCUCAAGGGACAGAUAUCCAUCGAAACAGAUAUUUGACUUGGACACUACCGAAGUGUAUAGAUAACAUUAUCGUUCUACAUAAAAAUGAUAUACCAACCGUAGAUAUAGCGUGUAAAUUUAUAUUGUGAUGUUAUAAUAACCUACCUAAACAACGUACAAAUAAUAUGUAGGGUGUACCCAUAAAAUUAUAAAUAAUGGAAAUUGAAACGGUUAAAGAAAUAUAUUAAUAUUUUUAUACCCUAAAGAUACAUAACUGAUGUCUAGACUACUGACCAAUACGAUCGAUGAACUCGUCAAAACAAAACCACCUUUUUACCAUUAAUAUACUUAGUGAGAUGAAGCUUUACAAUAUCCGAAAACCCCUAGCAAUAUAACACUCAUUCCAUUUAGUUGGUUACGAGGCGACGAGAGGUGCCGGAGUGUCCGACUAGCGAAUACCGAUUCCGUAAAGUACAAUGAUGGCCUUGUUAGGUACACGACAACGUAAACACAUAGUUGACAAGUAGUGAUGUUGUCUUAUUGAAAAAUAUUGGAAGCAUAUUUAUUGGAUUGUUAGAUUGAAGAGCAUUUAAUGCCGUCACAUAGUUUUUGACGUUCCGCUGCGGACGAAAUGUACCCGAAGAAGGCUAUAUUUUUUACAGUUUUAUAUAGUGUACAAAGGAAUAAAAGACUCGUUUUUUCGACAACACGUCCAUUGCACGGGUUAUAAAAAAAUUGGUUUUCCGAAAUAACUGUAAAAUGCGAAUCAGUUAACGACGCAUGCGUGCCUGAUAUUAAAAGAUAUAAGAUAUUUUUCAAUACCAUCUUUAUAAAGAGACUAUGUAAUUAUAUGUAAUAAAAAUAACAUACGAUAAAAUACGUUAAUAGUUGUAAAAGAUUCAUAACUUUCAUAAUGGGAAUCUAUUGUUUCUGUUGUAAUAAUUGUUACUGGCGCAACUUUAUAAGGAACACUUGUUGUUCUGUAAAACAGAAUACGGAAGCAUCCAAAUCGAUUGCAUAAAUGCACCGCAAGUAGAUACUCGUCAUAUUUAUCUAUGCAUUGGGCAACCAACUUAGUAAUUUUUAAUACAAUGUUUUAAUAAGAGUAAUGAUUGGAAAAUGCCUAAGAAAUAAAAUUGAGGAAUUUUAGUCUUCCAAAAAACAUUAAUAAAUUAAUAUUAUUUGCCUCCAACGUUGUUACAUACCUACUGUUCAAAACGAUAUUUUUACUUACCAAAAAUCGUCAAAAACUUAAUAGAUAUUAUUCGAUACAGUAAUUGUUAAUCGAUGUUCGUAUGUCAGAUUAUAUAGUUAUUUUAAUGAUUAUGUAUAUCACAAUUCAUUAACACCAAUAUUUACAUAAUUAUAACGAUUGGUAAAGAAAAUAAUCAACGAAAAUUAUUCCUAAUAAAAGAUAUAGUUACUUAUUUAAUAUUUUGAUAAAUAAACAUUAAAUUGUUGAAUUGGCUUAUCGAAUAAAAUAUUGUAACACACGCAAUUCAUCUAUAUUAUAUAGAACUCUUAGAAUAAUGCAAACAUCUCGGUGUAAUGGAUUUAUACCUCAUUUUAAUGUUCGUAACAUUAAGGUCGUAUUUGAUAUUAAAUCUUAAAAAGUUUCCAUAAAAAUCUUUAAACUAUCAACCCUGGUUAAUAUUUUUUUCAAAGUAACUUUUUUAUAUAUUUUAUAUUAGGCUGCUAUUCGGAUAUAUGUAUUAUCGUAAGGUUUAUGGUAAUUUCACAACUAUUAGACAUUAUAUUGAGUAAAUCAUAUGUAAGAACUUGAUACAAUUUUAAAUGAUGAUGUUUGGUCAGAUAAUUGGGAAUGUUAUGUGUAAUUCGAAAUUUUAUGUGAGAUGAUCGAAGUAAUCAUUAUUUUCGCAAUAAAAAUUUUUAGUUCCGUAUCACAGAGUAAAAUAAGAGACAACAAAAUAAUAGGGUCCAAUGUUUCCAUCCAAUGCUACAGCAAAUUUACGACUUGGACUGUGUUAGGAAUGUGAUAUGUCAAGGUUUAUUUAUACGGUCUACUUACUCUGUGACCAGGGAUUUAGAAUGUCAAAUUAUUUUCAUGACUAAUCGACGAAACAUUGAUGGGUACGGGAAUCUUUGUUUCAAAGGGAAAACAUAAUUAGUUUAACCGUUUGUAAUCUUCAUUUUUAUAACUUGCAAAAUUUUGUUCUGUAUAUUUUAAAUAUAAUAUGCUGACAUAAUUUUAUAUGAUUCCUCUGUAGAUGAUAACGUGUGAUAAUAUAUUUAUAGUAAGAUGACAGUCGCUAACACAACGAGGUAAUUAUACUCCCGUACAAAAUUGAUUUUAUUUUUUGUAUAAAAUCGUGCCUCUUGUCUUGGCCUGUCGUCUGCGAACAGGGGUAUUGUGUAUAUUUGUAGAGGUAAAGUUCAGUUUUAGAAGGCGUUAUUUGAACCUAAUUAUGUUUUUUCUAAAAAAAACGAUUAAGUGUUUUGGCCAGCGGCAGAAAGGAUUAUCGCUAGAGUUUAUUUCUACUAUUAUAAUAUAUAAAGCGAAUGUGUUUGACACAUCGUUACGGGUGGGUAAUGUUUUACAGCUUUAAGAACUAAGUAUAAUAUUAUAAUACCCCAGUCUUGAACAGACUCAAACUUCGUUUAAUGUUGAACUAACCUAGUCUUAUCGUACCUAAGCCGUAAUCUUUUUUGCGGAUGGCCGUUAAGUCUGUGUUAUUAAGUUCUUCAGAUGUUAGAUAAGAGUCCUUUUGUGUUGCUGUGCAUUUCUACGCAUUGUAUGUAUGUAUGUUUAUAUAAUAUUGUAAAUAGUUAAACAUAUAUUUUUACGAUUAGAAUACACAACCAAAGUUGUUAUAAAAAUAUGGUUGAUUAAAUGAUAAAAUUGAUAUAGGUCGUUAUGUUUAUCUUUUAGUGGACAUUCGGCUGCGACCGCAGCUGGAUACACCGAUGUCUCGUCAAAGCCUUCUACAUAACCGCCCUGAUAUUAGUAAAAACGAAUUUAUUGUUUGAGGUAUGAAAUUCGAAUAAUUCAGAACAGAUGAUAUAAAAUUAAGCUGUAAACUGAUAAUAGUACGAGUAGCUUACUGUUUUCGUUCCUAAUAGCUUGCUCCAGAACUUUUACCAUGUUACGGUCAUUGUCAAUUAAUGAAGCCGACAUUACGAUACUUCUGAGGGUUCAGAUUGUAAUAUUUUUAUCCAUUGACAAAAGCAGGCGUUAAGAGUACAUACUUUUAAGUUGUAUUUUUUUGUACAUUUUAGAUUCGAAAAUAUAAUUAUAUCUAAAUGA